AUGUCUCGCAUCCACACACGGGAUGUGCUUUGCCGUAAGACCAUCCUCACGGCGGCGGAGGCAGGGUGCCCCUGCUGUGAUGCUGUUCUGGAGACCGCCAACCAUCUUUUUUUUGGCUGCCCGUUCGCGGUGCAGUUUUGGCGUAGCAUCGGCGUGUCGCCAAAUGAGGCUGUGGUUGGGUCUCUUCAUCGCCUGGAUGUCUCUCCGGCGGUUGGUGAUGCCUCGCCGGCAUCCUUCGUCCUACUCUGCUGCUGGAGGCUCUGGAAGCGACGGAACGCUGUCGUCUUCAGAGAGGAUCCGCAGUCCCUUGUUGCUACGUUGAAGGCCUGCAGAGAUGAGGCGGUGCUCUGGCGUGCUCGGCUGAAAGUUGCCGAUCGCUCCCACAUAGAUGUUUGGUUGUCGGUGCUUCGAAACAGGGGUGAGAUAGUCUGA